UUUUUUUAUUCCAUUCUUAUUUUUUUUUUUGUAAGUACGAUUGAUCUUUUAAAAUGGCAUUAAAAAAAUCGUUAGCCAAUUCAAAAAAAGCUAGUACUGGAAAGGUUACUAAAAAGACAGCUCAAAAGAAAGAUGAAGGAGCAUCAAAGAAAGAAGUUUCGAAUUCUAAAUUAAAAAAACAGGAGUAUCAGCGUAAAAAAUACAACAAAGAUAAAAAGAAGAAAAACAAGAAUGGAGAGGAUGAUGAUGACUCUGAUUUUGAAAUCGUACCCUCCACUGUGACAGAGAGUAUAAUGGAUACUAGUGAUUCAGAAUUAGAAAGUGUUGCAGAAAGUGACGAUGGUGAUUCCGAUCUCGAAUUAGACAUGUUUGGCAAAUUCAAAAGUAAGAAACCUGCUGCUACAACUAUUGCUGCACCUAUUGCAUCAGUAAAAAAUCAAACCCCUAUUUCUUUAAAUGAUAGUGAUGAUGAUGAUGAUCAAGAUGAGAAAUUUAUUGCAUCUGAAAAUAUAGCUGCUAAUCGUAAGAAUAAGAAAUCGGGUGGUUUUCAAUCGAUGGGGUUAAGCCAUCCUAUUUUUAAAGCUAUUAUGCAUAAAGGUUUUAAAGUACCAACCCCAAUUCAACGCAAGUGUAUCCCUCUUAUUCUUGAGGGUAAUGAUGUAGUUGGUAUGGCCCGUACAGGUUCCGGUAAAACAGCUGCAUUUUUAAUUCCCAUGUUGGAACGACUCAAGACCCAUUCAGCCAAGACAGGUGCUCGUGGUCUUAUCUUGUCACCUUCUCGUGAAUUAGCCCUUCAGACACAAAAGGUAUGCAAAGAAUUAAUGAAGUAUACGGAUCUUCGAAGUGUAUGUGUUGUAGGUGGUGAUAACUUGGACGAUCAGUUUGAAAUGAUGGCCUCUAAUCCAGAUAUCUUGAUUGCUACACCGGGUCGUCUUUUACAUUUGUCAGUCGAAAUGAACCUUGAUCUUCGUACAAUCGAAUAUAUUGUCUUUGAUGAAGCAGAUCGUCUCUUUGAAAUGGGUUUUGCUGUUCAAUUGCAUGAAAUAUUAUCUCGUUUACCACCUAAUCGUCAAACCUUAUUAUUCUCUGCUACUUUACCCAAGAUGCUAGUUGAUUUUGCAAAGGCAGGCUUACAGGAACCCACGUUGAUCCGUUUAGAUGUCGAUACCAAAAUUUCUCGUGAUUUAGAAAUGGCAUUCUUUUCAGUUAAAGAGAAUGAAAAAGAAGGUGCUUUAUUAUAUCUCCUCAGAAAUGUCAUUCAACUUCCCAAGAAGACACUUCAUGAACAAGCAGUAGACGGCAAAAAAAAGGGGGGAAAGAAACAGAAUCAUGCUGAAACUGAACAUCAAACGAUUCUAUUUGCAGCAACAAAGCAUCAUGUAGAAUAUUUAGCUAAUUUAUUAGAGAUCGCUGGUUAUCAAGUCUCUUAUGUCUAUGGUUCACUUGAUCAAACGGCUCGUAAUAUUCAGAUCAACAAGUUUAGAAAUGGCGUGACAAAUAUUUUAGUGGUUACUGAUGUCGCCGCUCGUGGUAUCGAUAUCCCUAUCCUUGAAAAUGUCAUCAAUUAUGAUUUCUGUGGCUCUUCCAAGGUCUUUGUUCAUCGUGUAGGUCGUGCUGCUCGUGCAGGUCGUCGUGGCUGGGCUUACUCUCUUGUUACAAAUGACGAAUUGCCUUAUGUUAUUGAUCUAGAGCUUUUCUUAACACGUCCCAUCGUCUUGGGUGGAGAAAAGGAAGAAUAUGAUUACACAAGCGAAUUAGUAAUGGGUACAAUGCCUAAGGACGCCGUCAUUGAUGAUAAAGCAUGGGCCACUGAGAGGGUCAAUCAAGAUGCUGGUUUAGAAGGUAUUUACAAAACUGCAAUGAAUGCCUAUAAACUCUAUAAUCGUACCAAGCCUCGUGCUGCUGCUGAGAGUUAUAGUCGUGCUAAGGACAUAAUCAAGAAGAAGGCCUUCAAUCAUCUUCACCCAUUGUUGUUGAGUGCUGAAAACACAAGUGUGGUUGAAAUUGAACGUAACAAUAUGCUUAGCGCCAUUAGUAGCUUUAGACCGUCUGAAACUAUUUUUGAAUUUGGUGUACGUGGUCAUCGUAAGGUGACACCGGCUACGAUGAUGAUGCGUGAACGUCGUCAGACGGUAGAUAAAAUUAUUUCUGCACAUAAAUCACAAGAAGAGGCAGAGGCAAUAAAGCUGAAUAAACCAGUGAUUGUACGUGAUGAAAACAAAGUAGUCGAAAGUUUAGGUGGCCAUGUAGAAGAAGAUGAAUUAGCAAAAGCAUUUAAUAUACCAAUCUCUAAAAAAGAAGACAAAAAGAAAGAAAAAAAGACAAACUUUCGAGAUGAAGAAUAUUAUUUAUCUUAUACACAAAAAGAUGCUAAUACAGAAAGAGGCUAUUCUAUGAGCAAUGAGGGUAGUUUUAAUGAACUUGCUACAAAGGCACAACUUGAUUUGACAGGUGAUGAUCAAGAUGCGAUUAGAAAAAAUAAAAAUAUGCUUCGUUGGGAUUCAAAGAAGAGAAAGUUUAUUCGUGGUACUGGUAUUGGUGCAGAUAAUAAAAAGUUAAUUCGUACUGAAAGUGGUACGUUAAUCUCUGCUUCUUAUAAGAGUGGCCGAUUUGAUGAAUGGGCUAAAAAGAAGCAUAUUCACUUACCUCGUAUUGGAGAACAAGAAUUGGCUGGUGCUGCUAAUAUGGGUAAAAAACGUUAUCUUCAUACUAAGAUGGAAGAAGGUAGACGUCUGGAUCCUCUUGCUUAUGAUUAUGAAAAGAAAUUGAAGAAGAGAAAGAUGAAUGAAACAGAAACUACGGUUGAAAAGAAUGGCUUGGGUAAAAGACAGGUUGGUAACCGUAAGACGGUUAAGAAUGAAUUGAAGAAUGCAAGUCAAAUUCGUAAAGAUCGUAUUGCUUAUGAAAAGAGAAAAGAAAAGUCCACACAACCUGGUCGUAAAGGACGUAAAGGUAAUGGACGUCGUCGCUAAAAAAAAAAAAAAAAAAAAAA